AUGCCGAUACCGCAGCAGCAACUGCGAGAUCCGAUACCCUCGACAAGCCGAGCAACAGCAACAUCAACCACACCAUCACCCUUGAAGAUCCCUGAAGUUCUGGACCACAUCUUUUCCUAUGUCGACAACCACUCCCUCUGUCAAUCUGCGAUAUUGGUCUGUCGCCAGUGGUACUGGAUGAAUCGGCACCGUGUGAUCCGCGGCCUGAUCUUUGACGGACACUCGGACCCCCGGAAACUGAACAAGGUCCUAACUCGAUUGCCUGGCGCCGGGCGACUCUGCUGGUUCACGGGUCGGGACGUCAAUCGGGACGCUCACUGGGUACAGCUUCGCAAAGUCCUCAAACGCAACCAUGAUCAGUUCCUUCAAAACCAGAUCCGACAAUAUCAGCAUGUGGAUCAGAGCAGCAGUGACGAAGAGUUACAGGAGGACUCAAUUACAAAACGAGCGUUGACGGAUUCGCCGCUGCGGGAGCUGGAGAUCAUUGGCGAUAUUGAUAUCGGAGCCUCCUUACCACCCAUCCUGCCUUGUCUCUACGCACUGACGAGGCUGCAGUUGGAACUGAGCUGCAAUACCACCUUGCAGAUGGGACAGUUGCUCAAGGCUUGUCCUUUGUUGAAGGACGUUCAUGUCUCGGCCUUGUCGACACACUGUUUGGAGCUGCCAGGGCCAUGGUUCCCGUUCGUCAAGGAGUCGCACAAGCAACGGCCGUUACGACUUUUAUCGCUGGUGCUGGAGAGGGUCCGGUUGCCUCAGUACAGUCUCGAAGACCUGUUAUCGAUCACACCCCACCUUCAGGAACUCAAGAUCAUUGGAUUGUUCAAGGUCAACCCAGCACUCCCACAGCACGACCCUACCGUUCAGUACGACCCUAUCCGUUUCUUUCAGCACGUUCGAGCUCUGGACCUCUCAUUACGAUCCUUCCAUUUUUCGAUCCGGGACCAACCCUUGACGACGUCAGAGCUGCGGGAGAUGAUGUUUGACAUCGUGCACCUGCCACCGGGAUCCCGUGGGGAAUGGACGUUCUGGACAGCAGAUCUGACGCCGUCCAUGCUACGGAACCUGAACGAGGUGCCCAAUGUGGUGACGACGCUGGAAAUCCUUUGUGAGACCAUAACGAACUGCGGCCCCGACAGCGGGCUUCACCGAUACCUCUGCGCCUCGCCCCAUCUGAUGCACCUCCGAGCACCCAAGACAGCCUACCUAGUCGAGCAUUUGGAUCUGCACCAACGUCUUCGUGGACGGUACCUCCCUGCCACAGGACUAGCACAGACAGUCCGGCCAGGAAUCUGGAAGUGUCGCAACCUUCAGACUCUUCACUUGGCAUUCCACAGUCGACGGGACUCGACACUGUCGUCUCCAACCAACGCGCGACUUAUUUUUGGAUACUUGGCUCGAGUGUGCCCACAGUUGCGGGAUCUGGCGAUCUUUACGACGGAGUCGUGUGUGCUGAACAACCGGAUCUAUGCGCCUGUGCUCCAUAUGCGACUGCAAGGCGGGUUCUGUCUGUUGGCGCGACUGAAGUGGCUAGAGAGACUGCGGAUCGGUUCGUCGGAACGACUGAUUGCAUACAAGAGCUGGGAUCUGAAAUGGAUGGUGACCAACAAGCACAGUUUCACGGACCGACGACAGCGACGCAAGAUUGUGGGAGAGUGGGAUGAGUUGUUGGUCGAGGAGGAGAAGCAGGAGGUGUUGCGAAUCCAGACACAUGGACAGUCAGGUUCUCGCGGUGAUAAUAGUAUCGCUACAUCUGCCGCGGCAUUGAAGGAGGACGAGGGGACGGCAGAGGUGAGAAAAGAACUGGAUAACUUGGGUCUGUUGGUGGAUGUGAAGGCGAUGAUGGAGGAGAUGGACUCUGACGACUUCCAGUGCUGGAAAUCUCUCCGCAAGAUUUCGUUGUAUCGCGACGGGGAGGUUGGACUACGGCCCGACCAAGAGAUCCAACGGCUCACCUCCUAA